AUAGUGGUCGGAUCCGCGAUCCGGGUCGGUCGUGUAGUUUUGAGAUUCGCAAUAUUUUACGGCUUUGAUCCGUGUACGGGGUGCGUUCAGCUGUUGGUGUGUUAGUUGUGUACCCUAUGCAUGUAUGUGUGUGUGUGUGCCUGUGUAGUGCCUUGCGACUGAAAGUAGUUUCACUAUCGAUGUGAAAGCAUUCGUCCUCUCUGACCUGCGCUACCUGGUGGAAUGAGCUCGUUUGUUGUAGGAUUUCUACAUUGCUCGUGGUUUGUGCCUUUUGUUGUGUUUGCUUAAUGCUAAUUAAGCUUGUGGGCAAGAGCAUAAGUUUGAAGAAUUUCGUGUGUUUUAUAGUGGUGAAUUUUGAUUCGAAUCAGAUAUUGUAGAUGAUAAUUAUAAGUUUAAUGAUGGGAAUAAGAAUUUUUUCGAAGUGCAGUGAAUGGUGUGUGAUCUAAAAAACAUGGAAUCCCGUGAAACGAUCGGAUCGAUCUACUCUAUCUGUCUUGAUGUUCACAUAGCAACGAUUAAUAGCCAAUUUUGUGGCCUUUGCAACAUAAUAAAUAUCAGCUGGUUUAUAUAAGAAGGUUUAAUAAACAAACUUAAACAAAUUUAAAGCACAGCAAAAGGUGACAGUGGAGCAAACGGUGACUAACUUUAAAGCGGAAAUACAGCAUAUUGAAGAGAAAGGGUUACGAAAUGCAAUUGAGAUUUGAUUUCACACUUCCCAGCACCUUCUCCUGUGCCCGGUGACUUGUACGGUGGCAAAGUGAGUGAAAGGCAAAACUCAUGUAUCUAUGACAUCACUAAUGUGUGAAAACUAUAUCUGCGUAAAACGCUCUUAAACGCGCUUAAAGAUCGAAAGUGAUCGUACGAUAAUAGCAACAGCAUAAGCGCACAUUUGAGUCGUACAAAUGUGAUCAGUUCUGUUGUUAAAGUUAAUUAAAAGUAAAACGAAAAUCCCUGUGCCUAGAGCGCACCAACCACCAACACCACGUUGGCAUUGGCUUAAGUUAUUCUUAUUAAGUGGUGUGAUUUACAAUAGCUCGACUUGAUAAUUUGUAUAGUUGCUUACAGUAGUGCUACGUAUACACAUCCUUUUGCACACAAUGUGAAGUUGUAAAGGGUUUGAAACUGUUUUCAUUUGCAUAAACUUUACACGCUGUCGUCAGUCCGGGCCGCCGCCGCUAGCAAAUGGAAAUGGAAAUAAAUGUGUCCUGAAAGUAAAACACGCUGUUGUUGCCACCGUCAUCGUGCGCAGCAAUGUGAAAUCGAGUGAGAACUACCUGCCUGUUUCCCGUUAGCGAUUCAAUGCUGCUCGAUCGAUGUUUCGAAGCUAAAACGGAACCUGCGAUCUUUACGCAUGUGACUACCAUACCAUUUAGUUAGUCAACUUCACGCCACACAGUGACAGGCGCGCUAGAAACGAAUGUGAUGCGAAGGAACGCAUACCAGAUAAAAGGGCAAAUACAACGAAAAAAAAAAAAAACUAUAAUCGUUAAACGGUUAAACGGUCAAGCUGGAAAGUAAGCCAAGCGUUUGUGGACAAGAAUAUAAAUUGAAUUGAAAACGUUUUUUUUGUGUCCAAAAAUCCACGAAAAAAAACAGACUUCAUGAACGAAUCUAGUAUUGUUACGGAGCGGAAAGGAGUAGAAGAUAAAAUGGACGACAAUGAAAAUUACAUCGAGUGUUCGAAGAUGAACUUUUCCCAGUUCACGAAUCCAUUCGCUGGACCGAAUCAGUUCGCAGCAGGAAAAUUUCCCCAGAAUCUUACAACAACAGGAUCUAAUGGACAGGUUCUGGGAUUGGUGUCCGGAGGCGAGGGAGCUAUGCAGUUCCUACGACCAGUGGAUGGAACUGCCGUUAGUGCGGCUUCAGCCAUGUUCCAUCAGCAGCAAUCGCAGCAUGGGCAAAUCGUAACGACGGCCGGUAUGCCGCACCCAGGAAUGGCAUCUCCAGCCUACAUCACACUCCCGAUAACGAUGCCAGGUGCAAAACCGGGCGACGCUCAACAAACCGUCCAGAUUCAGGUGUUAAACCCAAACCCGCUACCGUCGCAAAUGAGUGCAUCGGCAGCCGGACAGACGGGUCAAACAGGUUCAGCGCAAUCGGGAACACUUCAGGCACCGAAAUUUCAAAUGGGUCAAAUGCAGAUUCCCAUUCAGGGGUUUCAGCAGGGCACAACGGUGCUUACGGUCGCCUACAGUCCCCAGGACGAGGAAGUCCUGCAUAACCAAGGGCUGCCGGAGGGAAUGACCAUAGUAGCUGCACUGCAGCCCCAAGACUUGCAGCUACUCGCUUCGCAAAAUCCUGGUUCCACCACGAUUCUGCAACAGCAGCAGUCUAAUCUCUCCUCAAACAACGCAUCGUCUCCCGGUGGUGUGAAGAUCGACAGCGAAAAUCCGCCUCCUUUACGGCAGAUUAAACAAGAAUCUCCAGCCAUCUGGAAUCAACCGACGCUGGUUCCGACAUCGAUGCAUUCGACCAGCAAUCUUAUAGAAAUGGUGCAGCAACAGCAGCAGCAACAUCAAAUACAUCAUCUUCAUCAGCAGCAGCAGCAACAGCAGCAGUCACGCCCUCCGCAAAAUCUCAAUCUGCAGCCAUACUUAAAGUUUAACAACAACAAUAACAACGGCACAAACUCAGCGAUGACGACCAUCAUGAACGGCAGCCACGUUCUGCAGCAGCUAGUGCUACCAUCGGGGGUGACGAUAGGUCCCGGUAUCAUCAAGCAAGAGGUAACGGACGAACAUUCGAACGAAAAUACACAGUUCGGUCCGGCGGACAGUACGGGCCAGGGAGAGAAUGGAACCGAAGGCUCACCGGAUGCUCGCAACGUAACGGGCAUUAAUGGGCGAGAGCAUGAAAACCAACCGGGGGAAAAUGGUGACGGCACGGGUGGCAAUGGAACAACUCCCAGCGGGAAGGUCCGUAAGAAGCGCAAGUACAAAACGAAACCACCGAAGCCGAAGCGACAAAAACCGGGCCAGGUGCACAUUGCAACCGCCAUCGACGGGACGGUACUAUUCUGCUGCCCAGAAUGUCACAUGGCCUACCCGGAGAAGGAAUGUCUCGAGCAGCAUCUAGUGGUGCACAAGAUCGAGCGGCGGUUUAUUUGUGAUAUCUGCGGUGCUGGGCUGAAGCGCAAGGAGCACCUGGAACGGCACAAGCUGGGUCACAAUCCGGAGCGGCCGUUUAUAUGCAAUGUGUGUGAGAAAGGUUUCAAACGAAAGGAGCAUCUCAAUCUGCACUACGUCAUACACAGCGGUGUUAAGACGGAGAUUUGCAACGAUUGUGGGAAAGGUUUCUACCGAAAGGAUCAUCUUCGGAAGCAUAUAAAAUCGCAUCUUACCAAGCGGUUGAAGGAAGAAAAAGCAUCCAAUCGCAAUAACAACAACAAUAAUAACAACAACAACAAUAGAAACACAACUAAUGGUGCUAACACGACGACAACGACCUUAGCCAAUGGUACGCCAAGUACGUCGAUAGCAACGUUACCGACGAGCAUCCCGCCCGGAUUGACAAUAACGACUGCCAGCGGGAGCAUGCAGAGUGGAGCAGCAGAUAAUGUAGAUGCGACUGUCGGUCAAUCAGCCGCAACACAGCAGAAUUCAUCGACCCAAAAUCUUUUACAAAGUGCAAUAAGUCUUCCUCAAGGUGUAACGAUACAUGUACCUACCGCGGAUAAUCAAACGCUUCCGGUCCAGAUCUCUUUACCUCAUCUGGUGGCACAGCAACAGACAGACACGGACGGCAGUACCAGAACGGUGCUCGUGUCCAAUUCACCCGAAAACCUGAACCACAUUCACAGUACGAUCAGCACGACCACAACUACUACCAGCUCGUCCUCGUCCACAGCUGCGUCGACUGCAUUAUAAUGACAUCCUGGCAAUUGUAGGCAACCGGACACGACGCAUGUUUCCCUUUCGAUGUUGUAUAAAGAGCUGUUCUCUUUAAGUUCCUUCUCGAAAGAGAAGCGGAAUGUGGGAAACCGGCUUUGGUUACUCUGAAAUACUCACCGUGUCGUACACGACCAUUAACGUCGUGAAGCGUAGUGUUAGACCCCUGGACUAGAGGCCAGAAGCUGAUACCUAUUUGUGGCAUUUGUUUGUUUGCUUCUUUCGAUUGAAGAUGUCCUUUAUCAUGAGUCGACGAAAGCACACGCUUGCAAAGUUGUCCUUUCGCGUAGACUAUCUGUUUUGUUCAUCAACGUUGAUCGAUUGUGAAAACGUCGUGCUUCGCCUUUGUACGCCUGUUGCAUUGUUCGUUAAACGAUAGUUUUGCUAUUUUAUGUUUAAACGUAUUUUUUUAAAAAAGUAUUUAACAGAUUACUAACUUUUAGCACCGUGGCGACUCAUAAGUAUAUUUAUUUUAACGCAAACACACAUCACACUGGGCGAUCGUAGCGUAAGCGAUCGUUUGCACAUAGAGAGUCGCAACCAUCCAUUAAAAAAGGUUAGAUGCUCCAAAGCAAUGUUUUGUUUCGCCGAUUUUUGAGCGUUGGUUGUUUUUCCCAUUUGUUUUUAUAGUAAUUAUGUGUUUUUAACUUAUUGGCACGCAUCGUUCCGCAUGAUGAUGCGCUCUUUUCCCGGACCAGCUUGUAAAGGGUGCGUGAUAACAUGUGUACAGGAUUGUUUAACGAAUGAUAUCGGACAGUAUAAGGAAUGCAAAGGGAAUCGAAACGCUGGAAGCAGUUGAAAUGAGAAGGUGCCUCUGUAGAGCGCUAGGGAAUCGUUUAAUACUCUUUCCAGUUUUUACUUUUUAUACGUUUAUAUGUUUCUUCUUCUCCGAAGGAAACCCCGCACAAUAAGGAACAAGUUUGUACAAUGAGACAUUGUAUAUACGUGUAAGAAAAGAUGAGUAUAGAUGAUUUCAUAAAAAAGAUGAAAAUAAAAAGGAAGUAUUAUAUUUUGAUAA